CGCAAUUAAAGACGGAUUUUCUGCGUAACGUAUGCUUGUAAUUCCUUGACUCCUCUCUGUCUCUCUGUAGGAGCUGCUGCUGCUGCUUCUUCUUCUGCUUGAACGCGCGGUGAGUUCCCGCUUCUUCUGUCUCUCUGUCUCUCAAAGAUUUCCCGGCGCAGAUUGAUUCCUCUCAAGCAUGAGCGAAAGUGAGAUUCCGUCUCUGAUCUCUCUGUGCAUAGACGCAAUCAAAACAGACCUGCUUCGCGGAGAUGAUCUUCUUCCGAUUAUCCAUGAGCUUCCUUCGGACUUGCUCCAUCUUCUGGUCUCGCGGUUGCCUCCAUUCGCCCUACACAAGCUACAGAGAGCAAUGCCUUUUGAUGACCGAGAAGACGAGUUUUCUGAUGAAUGCCUCGGAAAUAGUAGAAAGCGAGGAAGGUCUGCAAGGUCAGGGAAUUUCAACAAGGCAUGGAGAAAUUUGUUUAAAUCGCGGUGGCCGGAGCUUGGCAGUAGGAUUGAACCGCCUGACUGGCAGCAGAUCUAUUGGGAAACUCAUCUGCAAAAUUGUCUAGAUGAAGUAGCAGAGCUAGCUUCGCUGCCCUCAUUUGAUGGGUGCCUUGGUGAAAUCAAGAUUUCAGACUCUUUGUUGGAAUUGAUAGGUUGUGAGGGUGACAUGGCUACUUCAACUUGUGAAUAUUCCAAACUAUAUCACCAUUGUCUACACUUUGGUUACUUUGUGCAAUGCCUGAGACUUCAAAAUGUUUUCUGUGAUGAAGAAAUUUGUCACCUAUUGAGGAACAGCAAAUUGCAGAGCUUGGAACUAAGGUGGAUAAGAUCCAAGGAGCAUAUUACUGGAUUAUGCAAGCUUCUCAACCAGAACAGUGAAAGUUUAACGUCGCUUGAAUUCAUUCACUGUACACUUUCUUCAGCUUCUAUCACAGCAAUUUGUAGUUCUCUAUCCCCAAAGAGUUUGCAAGCACACGAAAUAAAACACUUCUCAAUCAACACAACAAAGUUUCUUGAAACUAACCAAUCUUCUGUACCUAUCGAACUUGUGUCAUUUUUAUCUUCAGGAAGGUCCUUGUAUUCUUUGAAACUCUCUGACAACCACCUUGGCCAAAAAUUUGUGGAAGUGGUAUUUAGUACGCUUCUCAAUGCUUCGUCCGGUCUAUCCAUCCUUGACCUUUCAGAAAACAAUAUAUCAGGCUGGCUUUCUGAACUCUAUAGGAGAUCACGAAAUAACCCCCCAACACCUUUAGGAGUUGGAAAGUCCUUGCAAUCAUUACGGGUGCUCAAUUUAAGGGGAAACAAUCUCAACAAAGAUGAUGCAGAUGACCUUAGAUAUGCUCUUGUUCAUAUGCCUAACUUGGAGGUCCUGGAUAUGAGUGAUAAUCCUAUUGAGGAUGUUGGAAUCAGGAGUUUAAUUCCCUUUUUUAUGGAAGCUUCUGAAAAAUGCACUCCCUUUGUUGAUUUAAUGUUGGAGAACUGUGAGCUUUCCUGUCAUGGAGUGACUCAACUUAUAAAAACCCUUUCUAGCCUAAGCAGACCAUUGAAGUCCCUAUCUGUUGCAGAUAAUGAUCUUGGCAGUCAAGUAGCAGCAGCUUUGGGAGAACUUUUGUGCACGUCCAUUCAAGUACUCAAUGUUGGAGGUAUUGGAUUAGGUUCAUCUGGUUUUCGGGUACUACAAGAAGAACUUACUAAAGAGUUGAAGCUAGUGGAGAUCAACAUAAGCAAAAACCGCGGAGGAGUUGAAACUGCAAAUUUUUUGUCAAAGCUCAUGUCAAAGGCUCCCGAACUUGUUACAGUCAAUGCUGCAUAUAAUCUUAUGCCUGUAGAAUCCUUGACCACCAUAUGCUUUGCCAUUAAAAAUGCAAAAGGUAGUCUUCGGCAUUUGGACUUGAGCGGAAAUCCUUGGGACUAUAAGCCAGUUUAUGCUUCUAUGCUUGCCGACAUCCAAUCUAUUGAAAGGCUUGUUUUGAUUCUUCCAUCUCUUACCCCAGAUGCACCCUAUGACGCUGACCCAUAGAGGGUUGGCUCAUGAUGCAAUUUCUUCAACCAUUGUUAUGCAAAGUAACCCACUGGAGUUGCCACUUUCCCUGCUGUGGAAAAAAAGUAUGCAGCAGAGCACACUACUAUUUCUGAUCCUAGGUGUUUAUUACCAUACGUCAAAGAGACACCAGUAGCUGUGGUUGCAAAAUCAUGCCUUGGAGUCAUUGGCUUUACUGGCUAUCCAAAUUUACUCCAUCACCUAUGUAGCUAUUGAUUUGUUAAUCUAUUAUGGCUAAAAGAAAAAUCAUUCGUUUAUUAAAUGACUAGCUGGUCAUGAAGAAAUUGGUGACAGAAGCUGAGAUUAACAUCAGUUUCUGAGAUGAUUAAUGAAAACACACUUCAGCAUUUUAGUACACUGAUCCCUACAAAUGGGAACCAAGCU